UAGGUCAGAACCAAGUGGAGCUCCGGCGCGUGCACACGCCCGUUACCUCAUCGCUUAGGUCGCGAGAAUCUAGUAAGAACACUCUGACGUACUGACAAGGUGAUUUUGAAACAUAAAAUACAGUGAUUCAUAUUACUAAGUGCUUAUUUGUGCGUGUGUCUGUGUUUAUAGGAGCCUUGAGUUUCGAUACCUGCUAUGUGUCGACGUACGUGAAGAAAUACGGGUAGUAACACUGGCGAACAUGAAGUUAUUGAUGUGCAUCACGGUGGUGAGUGUGGUGAGUGCCAUCGGAAAAGCCGCCUUGGUCCCCUACACGCUAGGAGACACAACCAUCAUGGUGGAGAGCUCCAUUCUUGGGUACAACUCACCGCUUUUGUCCUACCUGAAGCAAGGCAUGGCCCACCGGCGGGGUGAUAACACCGACACUGACCUCCAGGCUGAUAGCUCAUCACAAAGCAGCGACCCCUUACAGGAAGCGACGGGUGAAGAGGAAAAGCUGUCGUCCGGUGUCUCAGAAAUUGAUCAACAAUUCACUUCCACUGAAGAGUUCUAUGCAAAGCCCUCAGGGAACGUACAGACCGGCGCUUUACCGCAAGACACGAUUUCUCAGGAAGCAGCGGAUGAUGAAAAACUGUCUUCCGGGACGUCAGAAGGUCAGCAUUUCACUGCACACAAAGACUUUCAAACAAACUCUGAGGGAUCGUUGGCCAUCAAAGUACUGCCGGACAAGUUUACUUCGUCUGACCGGCCCACACCCAUCACUAUGCAUGAAGCUGCAGGAAUAUAUUUUGAAGGACAGCGUGUGCCUAUUGCAGCUUUAGACAACACUCCUCCCCUUUACUAUAACGUGCACACUCCAGACUUUGCUCAAGUAUCUGAGAAAAUUCAUAACAUUGUUACGUCUCUCAGUCCAAAGCACAAUGACCGAGCACCUGGUUCGUCCCGCCACCCACCUCUCCGCAACGCUGUUCCACUCCAGCUACACGCGCGGCCAGGGGACACACCGCCUUCCCUGGCCAACACGGAAGGGUUCACAGGCGUAUCGGUGAAACACAUGGUGCCACAGGAACCGAGCUCUUUCGAGGAUUACACCACGAAUAACGGAGAUCUCAAUUUCCUGUUAAGUAGUGAUCCGUUACAGCAGAGUGACCCGCCUAAAUCUUUUGGACACGAUCGUCCUUCUCUCCUGCCCAGUGACAAACCCGCGGGGCAUAUCUGGGGCCCACAAAGUGACAUGUCCCAGCACACACGAAUACAAGGCGACGAUGAAGUCAUUAUUAGUGAACAUCCCUCUUCAUUUGGCACUAAGGUUACCUCUGAGCAGGACCUCGAACCAGAGUCAUCAUCAGACUCUCAGGCUGAAGGUAGUGAGAUGCAGAUAACGAUAACCAACACCGGCGCCGAUGACCCCAACGCCAUCAACACAGAUAUUGAUAUUCUAGAGUCAAUAACUCAGAUGGGUAAUAAUCAUAAACUUAUAAAUAAGGAUACAACCACUAUCCUUCCGGAAGUAGUGGACACAGACCCAAUAACAGCGGUCGAGGUAAACACAGGCCCUCCUACUGCACUGGAAAUGGACGUAGCCCCCGAAGAGGUAGAUAAUCUUACAUCUUCAAUACCACAGGAGGGAGAAGAUGCCACACUCACAACGGAAGAAUCAUAUCACAUGACUCCAUUGGCUGAAGAGAAAUUUUCAGCCACUCCUUCAAUUAUUGAUGAGACAGAUACAGUAACUCCAACAAAUGAGGAGAGUGGCACCGCAGAUUCCGUAGUAGAUGAAUUGGACACAGUGACUUCUACAGUGGAAGGAAUGGACACGGCAACACCAGGAGUAGGAGGCAUGGAAACGACAACUCCCACCGUAGAGAUGGACACAACUCCGAUCGUAGAUUGGGAUGAUUUCCUUGUCACCAAGAUGAAAGACCUUCAGCGUGAAGAAAUACAUGAAGCUGUAUUGGGAGCCGAGGAGGAAAAGGAUCAGGAAGCCCUUGACCAGGCGAUGGCGGACCUUUUUAAUUUAUUUAACACCGACAACGACACACAGACGCAUGGUGAAAGUGAGACACAGAACUGGCAAAACAACAGCGCCCCUGUGACAGAAUCUGAUAAGGAAAGUGUCAGCAUGCUCAAUAAUAAUGACUCGAAUAAUGAUCAGAACGAUUAUAUAUCAUUUCCAACCACAACAUUCCAAACACUCGCAGAGCAACAUACUUCUCGUCCUCAUCUCUUCUUAAAUAAUGAUCCUUUGACAUCAUUAUCAGAUUCUUUCGAGGCUCUGCUUACUGAUCAGGAUGGUGAAAGUCAUCUUGGUGGCACUAACCAUUCAUCCCAGGACCAUCUUCACUAUUCAGCUGUGGCGAACUUCCCCACCACCAGAGAUGAGCCUGGACCUCCAUCCCCUGAUCAGCAAGGAACUUCCAAUCUCAGACACGACCUGCCACACUCUGAAGAUCAGGAAGGGCUCAAAUCCUGGUUCGACAGGGAACCCAUCACAAUUUUUGACCCCUUACAUAUUCCCAGCCCAGGGUCCCCGUUACCACAAGGAUUUUAUGAUUUUCAACUGGGCCAGGACAAGAUCACCACCACGCAGAAUUCUGGCAUAACUCUAGAUGACGAACACAAUAUGCACGACUUGACGACACAGAUGACUCCACAAAGCAGCAGUGAGUCAGAUGAGUCAAACACUUCCACCGACGGUGGCUCUGAUAUCUCGGCACUGCAAGAGGGCGGAGUCACAGACGACUCAGCACUACCUGUGGAUGAUGACGACACAGGUGACUUAGGAACACUCCAGAAUGAUGAUGGCCCAGACAACGACUUAGUAACACGCGAAGAUGAUGACUCUGGCAACUCAGGAGCUUUUGAGGAGGAGGACGACGACAAUGACUCAGACAACUCAGCAACAUUCGAUGACAACAGAGGUGACUCAGACGACUCACCAGUACUCGAUGACGACAACGAGGAUGACUCAGAUGACUCAGCAACACUUGAAAAUGGCGAUGAUGACUCAGACGACUCAGCAACACUCGAUGACGACAACGGCGAUGACUCAGACGACUCAGCAAAACUUGACAAUGACGACGAUGACUCAGACGACUCAGCAACACCUGACAAUGACGACGAUGACUCAGACGACUUAGCAACACUUGACAAUGACGACGAUGACUCAGACGACUCAGCAGCACUUGACAAUGACGACGAUGACUCAGACGACUCAGCAACACUUGGUGACAACGACGAUGACUUAGACGACUCAGCAACACUUGGUGACAACAACGAUGACUUAGACGACUCAGCAACACUUGGUGACAACGACGAUGACUCAGACGACUCAGCAACACUUGGUGACAACGACGAUGACUUAGACGACUCAGCAACUCUCGAUGACGACGAAGAUGACUCAGCAAUGGCAGAUGACGAAGACGAUGAUUCCGACGGCUCAGCAACACCCCUUGACAUUGCAGACAUCCUUCACCGAGCAGACUCGAACGCCAGUGUGGCAGACGACUUCGGCAACACCUCGUCCUCGGCCUCCACCUCCAACACCUCGUCGUCGGGCUCCCCUUCCACCAGUUCGGCAACACCCUUCCCCGGUGCCGUGCUUCACAAUGCAGGGCCAGAGAUAUUUCAGAAAUCCUCCUGCCUGUGUGGCUUACGAUUUGCACCCAAGGUCGUGGGUGGCCAGGAUACCACCAUCUACAAUUAUCCUUGGAUGACCGCCAUCGUCAGCCGCAGCUCCAUGUUCAUCUUCUGUGCUGGGUCCAUCAUCAACGAAGGUUACAUCCUGACCGCGGCGCACUGCAUCCAUGGGAAGAAUCCCAACGACUUGUUCGUCCGCUUGGGUGCCACUAACAGGAAUGACCCAGGGGCGAUAACCAUGGACGUGAAGGCCCUCAUCCCGCACCAGAAGUACGACCCUUCCGUCGUCCACAAGUUUGACAUCGGCCUCAUACAGCUGGCGAAACUAAUCGAUUACUCCGAUGUUGUCUUCCCUGCCUGCCUGGCUCCUCCCGAGCUCAAUCUUUCCGGGAAGAGUGCUAUGGUGACCGGGUGGGGCAAGGACAAGUAUGGCGGGAACCUCGAAGAGGUCCUUCAGGAAGCAACGGUGACGGUCUUGCCCACAAAUACUUGUCGCAAGGAUUCCCUAUAUGAAAAAGGACAAGUGCACAAGAAAAUAAUCUGCGCCAGCGGUGCCGGAACCGAUGCCUGCCAGGGUGACAGUGGCGGCCCGCUGAUGGUCCUGGGUGACAACAAAUCCGAAGUCGUUGGCUUGGUGUCCUGGGGCGUGGGCUGCGGCGAGCCAAAGUACCCGGGAAUCUACACAAGGAUCUCAGCGUUCGAGAAUUGGAUCAAGAAAAAUAUGCAUGGGGUCAGAUCAUGUCUUCCUUCCUUCACCACUACAUCGAAGAAAAAAAAAAAAAACAUGGUAAAGGAGGCCGUUGCAACCAACAACAACAAGAGAAGAAAGGGUCAAGGAAGCAUGAACAUGAGCAGUGAAGAGGAGGGAAUAGUGGACACCCACACCAAGAGGAGAAAGGGUCAGGGCAACAAGAAGAGGAAACACCAAAAAAAUAAAGCCAGCCAAGAGGAGGAAAUGGUGAACGAAAACGACAAGAGAAGGAAAGGACAGGGUAAAGAGAAAAAUAAACAAGGCAACAGAGAUAGCGAAGAGGAGGACAUGGUGAAUACCAAUGCCAACAGAAAGAAAGGGUCAGGCAACAAGAGGAAGCAAAACAAAAACAAGUUGAACCCCGCAAGCAGCCAAGAAAAUGUGGAUACAGAGAGCGCAGAAGAAAACCAAAGUCAGGAGGCACCAAACAGCGAUGAAGGGACAAUCGCAGAUGUGCUGCAUAGCAUUCAUGGCGGUGCAAAUAAUAACUACAACAUUAGAAAGACUGAGAAAAAGAAAGUUCCGGCAGUCAUUUUCGAUAAAGAUAGUGACGAAGAUAAUACAGAAGACGACGACUGGAGCAGCAUACCGGGAGCCUUGCGGAACAUUGCGAAAAUAAUAUCACGAGAGUCAAACACUGAUGAAUAGACACACACACACACACACACACACACACAUGACUCGUGCAACAGUUGAAUUCCACUUGAAAACGCGACAAAACAAAUACAUCCUGCCUAUAUAUUGCUACUUUCCUCAAAAUGUGCUUUAAAGUAGUAUCGUUAAGUUAGUGUCUCAGUUUCUUUUAGACUCUGAGAAAGGAAUUAUUUGAUUAGGAUUAGGAGGCAUUAUAUCACAACCUCAAACUCUUCCUUUGAGGCAUUCUCUCUCUCUCUCUCUCUCUCUCUCUCUCUCUCUCUCUCUCUCUCUCUCUCUCUCUCUCUCUCUCUCUCUCUCUCUCUCUCUCUCUCUCUCUCUCUCUCUCUCUCUUCAUUGUAUAGCUACAUGUCAUUAAUAGAAACUAAAUAGUACACACACAACCAUAACAUGCAGCACUUCGGAGACGAUCGGAAAAGACGUCUCUACCGGUUGUCUUGAAAUAGAUACUACUGUUAUAACUGUCAUGAUUUUACACUGCAUCCAAGGUGGGAAAUAAAUCAUGUUUUCUCCUCCUUAAAAUUGUCCCCAGGGUUCGUUUAUAAUAAUAGCCAUUUGUAGCAAACAAACUUUCAAUAAAAGAAACUACUGUUCUCUGGA